AUUUUUCUUUUUUAUCAUUUUGAUAUUAUUUAAAUAUUAUUUUAUUUUCUUGUUAUAGUAAAAUUUCAAUUUUGAUAUUUGGUAUGGUUAUUAUCUGUAAGUAACUCUCUUUUACAGAGCCAGGGGCGUCCUCCCUUCUCCUGUCUCCUUCUCCCUCGAUACCCACCAAUCUAAUUACCUGUUCUUUCUUUCCCAAAUUCUCACACAAACCCUAAAUUUUUUAUUUUAAAUUUUUAAUCUUGUGCUUUCAGUACUGAAAUAUCAAUUACCCAUUAUUUCCUUCUCAAAUUAUCACAGAAACCCUUAAAUUUCUCACUUUACCGCCGAUCUAGUUAGGUCCUCCGGCCGAUUCACUUCGCCGGUUCAUCACUAUCAGGAAAUAUGAGCAGGUACGGUUUGAACUUGAGGCCGCAGCAAAAGAAGCCGCCCCCGAGGCCUCCUCGCCCUGCCGCUUUAGGUUUUGGUGAUGAUGAUGACAAUGAUGUUGAGAAAGAAAUAUCUCGCCAUGCUUCGAAAAACAAGUCUCUCAAGGAUAUUGAGGAGCAGAAGAGGAAAGCCCUUGAAGAGGAUCCUAUGGCAUUCGAUUAUGAUGGAGUUUAUGAUGAAAUGAAGUCAAAAACAACCAAGGUUCAGACACAAGACCGCGAAGAAAGAAAGCCAAAAUAUAUUCAAAAUCUUCUUAGGAAAGCAGAACUACGACAGAAAGAGCAGGAGAUAGUAUAUGAAAGAAAACUUUCAAAAGAGAGAAGUAAAGAGGACCACCUCUUUGCAGAUAAGGAUAAAUUUGUCACUAGUGCUUAUAAGAAGAAGCUAGCUGAGCAGGAAAAAUGGAUGGAGGAAGAACGACUCCGUCAGCUACGAGAGGAAAAAGAUGAUGUUACCAAGAAGACUGACUUGACCGAUUUUUACUUCAAUCUUGGAAAAAAUGUUGCUUUUGGCGCAAAUGAUGCUCUCGAGAAAAAGAAAUCAGAGAAGCAGGUGGAGUUAAGGAAUCCAGGCAAACACGAAGGAGUGGCUGGUGAAACAUUAGAUAAAAGUCGGUUGUCACCAGAAUCGUCGACAAAGAAGGUGGAGCACGAGCAGGAGCACCACAGGGAAGCUUCUCUUGAAAAAAGAAGUUCCAAGUCCCCUGAUGUGAAGCCAAUUUCAAACACAACAGUGCCAGAAAAUUCAAGUGCUGAGCCUGGGACAGGGGCAGGGGCAGGGGCAGUAGAGCCACCAAAGUCGUCUACCCAUCAUAAAAGGGGGGAAGAUGCUGUGGCUGCCGCUAAAGAACGCUUCCUAGCGCGAAAGAGAGCAAAGCAACAGCUGUAAAACCCUUACUUUGAUGAACAUGAACUUGUUAAAUCUAAUGCAAAGUUAUUAUGUAAUAUGUAUUAGUUUGGCAAUUUUAGGAUUACAUAUAUGAAGUUAUAGUGUACUUGUAAUCCUAGCAUGCUUUGUUUUCUAAUCCAGGGCAUUAAGGGCUAUUGUUUA